AUGGAACGAUUAAGUGCAGAAAUUAUAUUAUUAGUUAAUGGUUAUCCACCAAAAUUUAUACAAAAACACAUGAAAAAUUUCUUUAUUCAACAUGAUGCGAUGAAUGUGUGGACUGAACUCGAUGGUGAAACAUAUGAACAGCUGCAUACUACAUUACUUUACAAACCAACACGAAGAGAAAAUAAAUCCAAAGUCCAAACAAAUGGACACUUAAUUCAAAACAGAAGAAAUUAUAAACAUAAAGAUCAAAUUUAUCUUCAUUACACAUUCGAAAAUGGAUCAUUAUUAAAUUUCAAAAAAGAAUAUCGUCGAAUAUGGGAAAAAUUCUAUGUUUAUCCAAGCUUACGCUUCAAAAAUACACGACUUAU